CGGUUCUUUUAAUAAUUACUCAUUAAUUAUCGAGGCUUAAGAAUAUUUAUACAUUUAUUGGUAUAAAUUUACAUGCUUAAGACACAUACGACUCCAAGCAGUCAGUCAACAUGUAAAAAGCAGAACUGAAUUACACAUUACCGCAUACUUCUCAGUAAUUUAGGCCCAGUAUAGUAUUAUACGUAAAACACUGUGUGCAAAUGAAACUGCAGAGCAAAAGUACAGGCAGACUUACUAUAUUUCCGGAUUUUAAAAACAUGGUAACGUGUGUGCAUAUACAGUAGACUACAGGUUAUAAGCAGCGGCAGUACAUUUGAAACACACUCUACUUUAUCACUCUGCGCCUAAAGUGUACUGUCAAAUAUAUAUAUUCUCAUACAGGGAAUCAGAUUGUAUGGCAUACAGUUCCAAAUGAGCGCAUAUUUCGGAGAUGCUCAGUCUCACUGCACAAGUGUGGGACUUAUCCUUACCCGAGGUGGAGGGAACUAAGCCCCCUGGGAGCAACGUCACUCCCUUUGGCAUAUCAACCACUGUCCGCUUUAUGCGCCCAACACACCACCACAGCGGGCGUCAGGACCAGCAUCCAUCCUCAGCGCGCAAUGCUUUGCGAACUAAAUGUAACUCCGGCAAUCCUCCCCGAUUCCACGCGUGUCGGCGAGGAGGCAUUUACAUGCUCAGGCAUACAAGCGGGCUAAAGAACUCCUCGGCGAAGUGGCAAGAUCGUUUUAAGUGGAGGGAAGAGUGCUCGCGUCGACUAUGGUCUGUGAUAGAGGAAACGGCACAAAGAGCCAACAUCUGUAACUUCGGGAUUUACUUGUGAGGGCGAUUCUGCUGGAGAUCGUGGGAUAUUCUGAGUAUAAACAUGCCUGUAAGAAGAGGUCACGUUGCGCCACAAAAUACAUUUCUUGGAUUAAUUAUUCGGAAAUUCGAGGGUCAGAACCGGAAAUUUGUGAUAGCCAAUGCCAGGGUGGAGAACUGUGCGAUCAUAUACUGCAACGAUGGCUUUUGCGAGAUGACGGGCUUCUCAAGACCGGACAUCAUGCAGAAGCCGUGCACCUGUGACUUCCUCCACGGUGACCUGACCGACAAAGACGCCAUCAACCAGGUGUCCCAGGCUGUGGUUGGGUCCGAGGAGCGCAAGGUUGAGAUCACAUACUACCGGAAGGAUGGGUCUGACUUUCAGUGUAACACUCACAUAAUCCCAGUGAAAAAUGAGGAGGGUGUGGUGAUGAUGUUCAUCUUGAAUUUUGAAUAUGUCGUGGAUGAGGAAAGUGACAACUCCACAGAGAAGAUAAGCCCAACAUCCCCUACAAAGUCAGAUCAAAGGAGGAGUAGAUUCUUCCGCUUCCGCCAGGCUGCUUUGAGCCUAAUGAAUACCAACAAGCAAUCUCUUCCACAAGAGGACCCAGAUGCUGUGAUGGUGGAUUCGCCCAAAGAGGAUGAGGACUCAGUGGCCCUGCAGAACUUCCCCUCACCCACUAAGAGCAUUUGCAGUCCCAUCGAGGACAAUGACACGCAUGGCCUCAUAAGCUCAAGCCACCAUUCUUCCCAGGCUAGCAUAGGUCCUGAACCACUUGACCAUUCAUCCCCUAAACUCCCCUGGGAGAAGCUGUACCAAACAGAGCCACACCAGAGCUCAACCACCCUUUCAAACACCUUUCCCAGAGGCAGCAUCAACAGCAUGAGGCGAGCCUCGUCCGUCCAUGAAAUUGAAGGCUACUCCAAUUCCAAAAGCAUUUUCAGGGAUCGUCAUACAAGUGAAGGCCCUUUUAAUCAUGUGAAGUCCAGCCUGCUUGGCUCUACCUCUGAUUCUAACAUCAACAAGUAUAGCACCAUCAACAAGAUCCCUCUGAUUGCACUCAACUUCUCUGAGGGGACUGAUAAGAAGACUCACUCUCCACCAACAUCUGAGACCACCAUCAUAGCACCAAAGGUCAAAGACAGAACUCACAAUGUCACUGAAAAAGUCACACAGGUCCUGUCACUUGGAGCCGAUGUGCUACCAGAGUACAAACUCCAGACAGCCCGCAUUGACAAGUUCACCAUCCUCCACUACAGCCCCUUCAAAGCUGUGUGGGACUGGCUGAUCCUGUUGCUGGUCAUCUACACAGCAAUCCUCACUCCCUACUCCGCUGCUUUUCUUCUCAAUGACCAAGAGGAGCAGAAGAGGCGUGAAUGUGGAUACUCCUGCAGCCCUCUUAAUGUGGUGGAUUUAAUUGUGGACAUCAUGUUCAUCAUCGACAUCCUCAUAAACUUCAGGACCACUUACGUAAACCAGAACGAGGAGGUGGUCAGUGAUCCAGCUAAGAUAGCAAUCCAUUACUUUAAAGGCUGGUUCCUUAUAGACAUGGUGGCAGCAAUCCCAUUUGACCUUCUUAUCUUUGGCUCAGGAUCAGAUGAGACUACCACUCUGAUUGGCCUGUUGAAGACAGCAAGGCUCUUGCGAUUGGUGCGCGUAGCCAGGAAGCUGGACCGCUACUCUGAGUACGGUGCUGCCGUCCUUAUGCUGCUCAUGUGCAUCUUCGCCCUCAUCGCCCACUGGCUGGCUUGUAUAUGGUACGCCAUUGGCAAUGUGGAGAAGCCCUACUUGGAGCACAAGAUUGGCUGGCUGGACAAUCUGGGUGUGUCCAUAGGAAAGAGAUACAACUACAGCGAUCCGAAUUCUGGUCCCUCUAUCAAGGACAAGUACGUCACAGCACUUUACUUCACCUUCAGUAGUCUGACCAGCGUGGGCUUUGGAAAUGUUUCCCCAAACACCAACUCAGAGAAGAUUUUUUCCAUCUGUGUCAUGUUGAUUGGCUCCCUCAUGUACGCCAGUAUUUUUGGAAACGUCUCUGCCAUCAUCCAGAGGUUGUACUCGGGUACGGCCCGCUAUCAUGCUCAAAUGUUACGCGUCAAGGAGUUCAUACGCUUUCACCAGAUUCCUAACCCACUGAGGCAACGCCUGGAGGAGUACUUCCAACACUCCUGGACCUACACCAAUGGCAUCGAUAUGAACACGGUGUUAAAAGGUUUUCCUGAGUGCCUGCAGGCGGAUAUCUGCCUUCACCUCAACAGGAAUCUUCUUCACAACUGCAAAGCGUUCCAAGGAGCCACCAAAGGCUGCCUGAGGGCCUUGGCCAUGCACUUCAAAACCACUCAUGCCCCUCCUGGAGAUACUCUGGUCCACAGCGGCGACGUGCUCACUGCUCUCUACUUUCUGUCCCGUGGCUCUAUCGAGAUCCUGAAGGAUGACAUAGUGGUAGCCAUCCUGGGAAAAAAUGACAUCUUUGGAGAAAUGAUCCAUCUCUAUCCCAAGCCUGGAAAGUCCAAUGCUGAUGUGCGAGCUCUCAGUUACUGCGAUCUGAGCACCAUUCAGAGAGAAGACCUGCUGGAGGUGAUAGACAUGUACCCAGAGUUUGCUGACUACUUCUUCAACAACCUGGAACUUACUUUCAACCUCAGAGAUGAGUCUCCAAAGCCCUCAAGUUCCCAAGACUGUGACUCCGAUGGUGAGGCCUCUAAGAGCACUAAAAGAAGGAUCUCCUUCACACCAGACCUGUCUAAAGGGGAAAGCAAGGAAGUGGUUAGAGACCUGGGGAGGGAGAGGGAGUCUAACUCGUGCCUAAAGAGAUCUUCAGAAGUCCUGGGUCCUACACCACCCAGCACUGCAGUCCUGGAUUCAAAUGUUGUCGUUAGGGAAAACUUGGAGAGAAGGCCAUCUUUUGAAGAUCUGUGCUGUGAUAAAUGGGCCUGUAAGAAGCCUACGGACUUCAUGGAUGACUCAGCACAGUUCCAGGAGCUGAGAGAGGAUGAUAAUUCUGGCAGCGAAAUCACGUAUGGAGAGGUGGAACAGCGAUUAGGUCAGCUUCAAGAGCACUUAAACAGGCUUGAGUCUCAGCUGAUGUCAGAUAUUCACACCAUCCUGCAGCUGCUGCAAAGACAGCCGACGCUGGGACCUCCAGCCUACAGCACUGUGACUGCCAGUCCGGACUAUCACAGACCUGCUGUGAAGGUUCAACCAGUUGCUGUGACUGGAAGUCAUCUUUUCAGCCAUACGGGAACCCAAGGAAGCCCCAGCCUCAAAUUGGAGAGGACCAUUCAGGAAUCCAAAGACUCUCUGUCGAGCUUGGCCAAUGCGUCCGUCGAGGACAGCCUUACAUCACUGCUUGUAGAAAGACAUACAGAGCCACAGCAGCAGCAACAGCAACAACAACAGAUCACAGGGCAUCAACAGUCUGCAUUGAUCCUUCUUCCAACAGAAACCUCCUCUUCCUCCCCAGCCUCUUCUGACUCCAACCUCAACACCACUGGACUUCGUAGACCUGCCUCAGACUCACAGUUCCCAAGACCAUAAACCUUCCGAACGCACAGUGUUCUAAUAUCUGGGUUGUAAUGCUGUAAUUACUAAGUAGCAGCUUUUCAUCAGCAUGCUGGCACAGACAUCUGUAUUGUUAAUUUGCAAUAGUUUGGUAAUAGAUGAUUUUUUUCAUUAUGCAUGUGGAUAAAAUACUGUUUGUUGCAGUUAACAGAGUGUUUAAAAACUGUUUACUGCAGUUAUCAGUGUAAUAACAAUGGUUACAUAUUGUAGCCCUCCGAUGGACUUGUUUAGCAUCAUCGCUCAUCUGUUCACACACUCAACAUCUACACGUAGAUGCCCCAACCAAUCAGCAUGAACUUGUUCAACUACAAAGAAGGUGUAUCUCUACAACACCUUACUUUCUGUUUCACCCAGGCUUUGUACUCUAACAGCCUCUGAACCGCUUCUCGUGACACUGUUGCAACAUUUUACGCCCCAACACACUGGUCACACUGGGCUGAGUGGAUCACAAAGUCAUAAAGAACAUAUUUGUUCCAAAUAAUUUCUCAAUGCUCCGGUCUAAAUAAAAUUCCCAAUUUUAUUCAUGGAUCCAAGAAAAAGACAUGACAACCUUGA